CGCCGACAGGAUCUGCUCAAUAAGUUCACAUCCAAAUUCCGUUCAGCCUUAAAUCAGGUAGAAAGAACCCCCACAAGAAAUGAACUCAGAGAAGAAUUCUCGGCGGAGAUAGAAGAGUGCAUGACAGACCAAGGAGGGAGUGGUCGCUUUAAUAUUCUUCACUGGAUUGCAAGACUGAUGGAGCUUGUCCACAUUGGCGAUGGCACAGCUAAUUGGCCGGCUGCCGAAUGCCUCGCCGAAAUAGCAACCAGAAUGAAACCUGAGAUGUUAUUGGCAGAGGAUGACAAGAGCAAAUUAACGCCAAUUCAUAUGUUUAUCGAGUGUGCUCAAGUCGCUCCCCGCAGUGCUGGGAGGGUCAUCUUAGCCAUGUGUCGAGCUGCCGGAGGAUCUCAGGGCAAAGCGAACCCCUUUGUUUCCGAUGCAAUCUCCAAAGUCAAUAAAGAAGGUGAAAAUGUCUUACAUUUGGCCAUUCAAAAAGACCUCGAAAUCUGUUCACAGCUGAUUGGAAUGGCCAACCCCGACGCUGUGACCGCCAGCUGCAAAACAUAUCAAAACACACCCCUCCACUUGGCGGUAACUAGGCUUUGUCUUUGCACUGAUACAAAGCGCCAAGAGGAUUCUGGUCUGUGCGACAACUACGAAUUGUUGGAAGAGAAAACUAGGAGGUUCCUGGAUGACAUGGCCGCCUUGAUUGCCAAGAACCCCAAGGCGCUGAUGGCAAAGGAUUCGGAGGGCAGGUCUCCAUAUCUUCAUUACGUGCAUCUUCGGGACACAACAGUAAAGGCUACCACUUCCGGCCCACCCGAUACUAGUUGCACGAAGAAGUCGUUUGAGGAAGACCUCGUCGAGACACAUCUUGUUGAAAGCGCAUUCAUCUUGGGGACCUUUGACAAGGUAUGCGAUUGCUUCUUCGGAGGUAGCAUCGAAGAACGAAAUUUAAACUCGGUGUUCCGUCCCGAGCGUCCGUUGGCUAGAUUUGACGAGAGCACAUACACUUUUUUCCAAUUCGGCAGCACAGUAGCGCAUGUGGAUCUCAGCAUUGACCCCGAAAAUGCUUCCGGCGAACUAAGUUCAGUUAUCGUAGAAGAGGCCAGAGGAGUUCUCUUAAAGACAUUUCAGAUGCUUUAUAACAAAGGUGUGCGGAGGAUCCUGAAACUGACGGUUCAAGACAUCCCAAAUGCGCCUUGUGAUGACGAAUUUAUCGUGUCAUGCCUUCGACAAUUCGAUAUUCGUUACCUCGACUGGAACAAACCUGAUCUCUGCAUCGACAUUAUCAUAGAUGCUGUUCCAAGAGUCUCUGACCUCUGCCUCUAUUUCACAGGAAAUACGGCUGUGAUAAGAGGCUGGGCAGGUAGUAAUGGCCUCGUCAAUUUGAACCAGUUGAGAGCGGUCCACAUCCAGUCCUGCGCGGGACCAGAGGCAGUCAGACGCCAGGCAUACAUGGACAAAUUUCAGAUGGGUUUAUGUGAGAACAUCCAAACUAAUAGAAAAUUCGAAAUAAUGAAAAUGGCAUGGCAACGUAACCUGUAUGGCCGCGAUCAGCUUAGAAUACACCAAAGCCCAUCGAAGCAGCCAACCUCUCCAGAGGCGGGAGAUGGCCCUGUGAGGAAAGAGGCUAAGCCUGCAGAAGAUGAAACGAGCACGUUGACAAUUGAAGAUGAGAAUGCCAAACUGAAGGUUCGAAUAGCAACUUUUCUCCUCCAGAAAGAGACAUACGAGCGAAGAACUACUCGUCGUUUACGAGAUGAUGAUGAUCUGAAGGGAAAAAAUGGUCAACUGGCUGAGAGCAUCGAUAUCACCGAGCUGCAAUAUUGGGGCAUACGCGAACUCCGUGAUUGCUCCUGCAUGUUCGACUUCCUUGCAGUUAACUUUCGUGUCAAAAAACACCUAAUUGAGAGAGAACCUGACGACGAAAAGAAAGCAGAGCCGAGAGAGAUGCCAUUUGUAAACAGGAAGUCGGACACAGAUGAACAUGUAUGGAUGAACACUUUGAGGGAUUUCGUCUCCAGAAAUUUGCAUGGCAAUAUGCCAGAAAGGAGAGUAAAGGUGGCAUUGAUUGAUGAUGGUGUGGAUGUUAAUACGCCAUGCUUGCGGGGGAAAAUCAAGUGUGGAUGGCCAAACGAGCCGCCGACCAGCGUUUCCGUACCAUGGUACCAGUCUUUUGGAGGCCAUGGCACAGCCAUGGCUCAUCUCAUAACCGCCGCAUGCCCAAAUGUGGAAUUCUAUGUUGUUCAGCUCAAGACCUUCAACAUUGGAGACCAGCAUAGCGAUAGCGCGUGUAAGAAUGCAGCCGAAGAGGCAACAGAGGCAAUUAAGUGGGCUCGCGAAAACAAUGUACACAUUAUUUCGAUGAGCUGGAAAAUAAGGGAGACCGAUGAAAACCGGGAUGAGAUGCUCGGGCUUAAGUCCGAAUUGGAACGGGCUGCUGCGGAUGGCAUCCUAAUGUACUGCGCAGCUCCGGGCCAACAUAAGCCAAACGAGGUGUUCUGCCCAUCUUCCGGAAGGAGCUGCGUAAAAGUUGUGGGCUCCGUUGAUAAAGAUGGGAAAAUGUCAAAGGGUGUGAGCGCUGAAGAAGUUGACUACUUCUUCCCAGGAGAAAACCUGCAGGAGAUUGGGCUCCGCAAGGGCAAUUCUGCUGCAACAGCGCUGGCGGCGGGCUUUGCUGCCCUUAUCAUCUGGUCCUACGAAUCCCAGUCCGCUAAUAGCCAGAAAUUGACUCCAAGUGACAUGGACCACAUAUUCAAGACGCUUCAUCCCGGAGGCAAAGAAUGCAAAAUGAAACCCAAGGAUUCCCCAUCUAACUGGGUGAAUAUCAUGAAAAUAUUGGGCCAUGGGAAAGGAGUUGUUGAGCUGGCUAGAUGGGUAUCACUAGAGCUAGAAAGG